GCCCUGACAGAGAGAGCGAACCUCCACCAUGAGCGUGAGGCCUCCGCAGGCCCCGGACAGGUUGAGCAGCCUCUCCUCUUCCCUGGGUGAUUCCCCUUCGGAGCGAAGGUCCCCCGGCCACCAGCGGCAGCCCUCGGACACCUCGGAAUCCACAGGGCUGGUGCAGCGCUGUGUCAUCAUCCAGCGGGACCAGCAUGGCUUCGGCUUCACCGUCAGCGGCGACCGCGUCGUGCUCGUGCAGUCCGUGCGGCCGGGUGGGGCUGCCAUGAGGGCCGGGGUGCAGGAGGGCGACCGGAUCGUCAAGGUGAAUGGAACAAUGGUGACCAACAGCUCCCACCUGGAAGUGGUGAAGUUGAUCAAGUCUGGUGCCUACGUGGCCCUGACCCUGCUGGGAUCCCCCCCUGGAUCCGUGGGAAUUUCGGGGUCACAGCAGGAGCCAGAACCCCCGGGAUGUCCCCAAGGGCCCCCCCAGCGCAUCACCGAGCCCAGGCCCCUGCAGGACCCCGAGGUGCAGAGGCACGCGGCGCAGAUCCUGCGGAACAUGCUGCGCCAGGAGGAGGCCGAGCUACAGCGUUUCCAGGAGCUGCUGCAGCGCCACCCGGGCGCGGCCGUGGAGGAGCAGCUGGAGGGAGCUCGGCGCCGCGUGAGCCAACUGCAGCUGAAAAUCCUGCAGGAAUCCCAGGGGGCCUCGGAUUUGGGGUUCCGGGCAGUGGAAGGAGAAUUUUUCCGGAGCCUCCCGGGCUCGGGGUCGGGAUCCCCGCGGCUCCCAGGACGAUUUUCCAUGGAUUCCCAGGAUGGGGAACCAGGGCUGGAGUCCACAGAGGGAUCAGGGAGACCCCAAAUCAUCGGCCCUGAGGAGGAUUGUGAGCAGGGAUACGCCAGCAACGAGAGCGAUUCCGUGUUCCAGGAUUUGGGGAGGCUCAAAUCCCGCCCUGCUCACCUGGGGGUGUUCCUGAGGUUCCUCCUGUCCCAGGCUGACCCCACUCCUCUGCUUUUCCACCUGUGCUCCGAGGUUUGCUGCCAGCUCAGCAACCCCAAAGAUUCCCGAGCCCUGGGAAAAGACAUCUGGAAUAUUUUCCUGGACAGGAACGCGCCCCUCCGUGUGAAGCUCCCGGAGCCGCUCCUGGCCGAGAUCGAGCUGCGGGUGCGGAGCGGCGAGGAGGCGCGGCCGGCGCUGCUGCAGGCGCAGGAAUUCCUGCUGCCCCACAUCCAGGAGCAGCUCCAGGAGUACAGGACCAAGCGCACUCUGGGUCUGGCCAGCCUGUACGGGGAGAACGAGCUGCAGGAGCUGGAAACCGGGAAUUGCCAGAGGGAGCCCCGGGAACGCCGCGAGCGGGAGAAGGCGCUGGCAGAGAGACAGCUGGGACAGCUGGGAGACAUCCUGUCCAAGUACGAGGAGGAGCGGAGCUCUCCCAUGGCCUUUGCCCUCAGCACCUUCAUGGCCCACGCCGGGAUCCGGCCCCGGGAAUUCCGGGAAUUCCGGAGCCCUGGAGGAGCCGCCGAGAAAAUCCUGGAUAAGGACAAGUGGCUGCCCUUCUUCCCCAAGGCCAAAAAGAGCAGCAGCUCCAAGAAGGAGAAGGAGCAGAGGCAGAACCCGAUCCUGAAAUACAUCGGGAAACCCCGGAGCUCCUCCCAGAGCAGUGAGUGCCCACUUUCCCCCCCGUUUUCCCUGUUUUUCCCAGCAGUGCGCCCGGGCAGUGUCCGGACCAUGAUCCAGCAUUUCGAGGGCGGCCACGGCGACACCGAGCCCGGGGGGCAGCGCCUGUCCACGGGCAGCGUCCCCGAGGGGCUGCUGGAAAACCACAGCUCCCGCCCCGAGGUGCGCCUGGGCCGCUCGGAGUCGCUGAAGGGGCGGGAGGAGCUGCGCCGCUCCCGCCGGGCCGAGCCGGUGCCGCGCUCGCGCAGCGACGUCGACAUGGACGCCAGCACCGACCCCCCCCGCCUGCACUCGGCCUCCUCCUCCGCCUCCAGCCUCUCCAACAGAUCCCUGGAAAAUCCAACCCCCCCCUACACACCAAAGAUGGGGCGCAGGUGAGUGACCCCCCUGGAAUUCCCACUGUCCCCAAUGCUGUCCCCAAUGUCCCCAAUGAUGUCCCCAAUGUCCCCUCUGUCCCCAAUCAGAGCUGUUUGUCACCGAGCUGUCCCCAAUGUCCCAAUGAUGUCCCCAAUGUCCCAAUGAUGUCCCCAAUGUCCCCAUUGCUGUCCCCAAUCAGAGCUGUUUGUCACCGAGCUGUCCCACCUGCGUGUUCUGCGUGUCCUGGACCUGCUCUUUUACCAGCGCCUGCGCCGGGAGCAGCUGCUGAGCCGGGAGGAGCUGGGGCUGCUCUUCCCCAACCUGCCCGACCUCAUCGACGUGCACAAUUCCCUUUUGGAAUCCAUGAAGAAACUCCGGGAGGAGGAAGGAGCCGUCAUCCGCCAGAUCGGCGACCUCAUGCUGGCCCGGUUUGACGGGGCAGCCAAGCAGGAGUUCCAGGCCGUGGCUGCCGAGUUCUGCUCGGCGCAGUCGGUGGCGCUGGAGCUGAUCCGCACCAAGCAGCGCAAGGAGAGUCGCUUCCAGCUCUUCAUGCAGGAGGCCGAGAGUAACCCGCAGUGCCGGCGGCUGCAGCUCAAGGAUCUGAUCGUGUCCGAGAUGCAGCGGCUCACCAAGUACCCGCUGCUGCUCGACAACAUCAUCAAGUGCACCGAGGCGGGUUCCCUGGAGCAGCAGAAGCUGUGCAGGGCCCGGGAGCAGUGCAGGGACGUGCUGCGUUUCGUGAACGACGCCGUGCGCGGCGCUGAGAACCGGCAGCGGCUGCAGGAGCUGCAGCGGCGCCUGGACACGGCGGCCCUGGAGAGGAGCAGCAACCCCCUGGCUGCGGAAUUCCGGAACCUGGACCUGACCUCGCACCGGAUGAUCCACGAGGGGCCCCUGACCUGGAGAGUGGGCAAGGACAAGAGUGUGGAGCUGCACGUGCUGCUGCUGGAGGAGCUGCUGGUGCUGCUGCAGCGCCAGGACGAGCGCCUGGUGCUCAAAUGUCACAGCAAGGGAGCGCUGGGAGCCUCCUCGGACACCAAGCAGAGCUUCAGCCCCGUGCUCAAACUGAGCUCGCUGCUCGUCAGAUCCGUGGCCACAGACAAGCGGGCCCUGUUCAUCAUCUGCACCUCGGAGCUGGGACCCCAAAUCUACGAGCUGGUGGCACUGACAUCCUCGGAGAAGAACACGUGGAUGGAGCUGCUGGAGCAGGCGGUCCAGGGGGCCACCAGGAGCGUCCCUGGGCCACCAAAACGGCACCAGAGCGAGGCCAGCGGGAGCUCGGGAUCCGGGCUGGGGCUGUCAGAGCCCGCCGUGUCCCCAGGGCUGGCCCGAGGAUCCGAGGCUGAGCCCGAGGAUUGUUCCUCAGCUGGCAGUGACCCCGAGCCCUCGGGCAGGGCCCCCCCCCCGCCGGAGCUGCCGCAGGAGCCGGGGGGGGAGGGGAUUGGGGACCCCGAGCCCAAAAAUUCCCCUCGGGACCCCGACCCCUCCCCCAGCCCGGGGCUCCCAAAACCCCCGGGAGGCGCCGGAGUGGCCGAGGCUGCACUGGAGGACGUGGAGACCCUGCGGCUCCUGAUUGUCCGGAGGCUCCGGCCGGGCCGGGACCCCGAGCCCGAGGAUGACGUCACCCCCACGCCCUCGGUGGCCGGAGCAGCUUCCGGACAGGCCUGGAAUUCUGGGAUGUCCGGCCGGGAAUUCCCAGUGUCCGGCCGGGAAUUCCCAGUGUCCAGUCGGGAUUCUGGGAUGUCCAGCCGGGAAUUCCCAGUGUCCAGUCGGGAAUUCCCAGUGUCCAGUCGGGAUUCUCUGAUGUCCAGCCGGGAAUUCCCAAUGUCCAGUCGGGAUUCUGGGAUGGCCAGCCGGGAUUUUCCAACGUUCAGUUGGAAUUCGGUGCUCUCCAGCCGGGAUUUGCCAAUGUCCAGUCGGGAUUCAGCAAUGUCCAGUCGGGAAUUCCCAGUGUCCAGCCGAGAUUUGCCAAUGCCCAGUCGGGAAUUCCCAGUGUCCAGCCGAGAUUUGCCAAUGCCCAGUCGGGAAUUCCCAGUGUCCAGUCAGGAUUUGCCAUUGUCCAGUCGGGAUUCAGCAGUGUCCACUCGGGAAUUCCCGAUGUCCAGCUGGGAAUUCCCGAUGUCCAGUGAGGAAUUCCCGAUGUCCAGCCGGGAUUCAACAACGUCCAGUCAGGACUCAGCAACGUCCGGCCGGGAUUCCGUGACGUCCAGUCAGGAUUCCGUGAUGUCCGGCCGGGAAUUCCCGAUGUCCGGCCGGGAAUUCCCGAUGUCCGGCCGGGAUUUGCCGAUGUCCAGUCGGGAUUCUGGGAUGUCCACUCGGGAAUUCCCGAUGUCCAGCCGGGAUUCAGUGGUGUCCAGUCAGGAUUCGGUGAUGUCCAGCCGGGAAUUCCCAACGUCCAGUCAGGAAUUCCCGACGUCCAGUCGGGAUUCGCCGAUGUCCGGCCGGGAUUCACCAACGUCCAGUUGGGAUUCAGCAACGUCCAGUCGGGAAUUCCCAGUAUCCAGUGGGGAAUUCCCAGUAUCCAGUCAGGAAUUCCCGGUGCCCAGUCAGGAAUUCCGAGUGUCCAGUCAGGAAUUCCCGAUGUCCGACCGGGAUUUGCCAAUGUCCACUCAGGAAUUCCCAAUAUCCGGUCGGGAAUUCCCAGUGUCCAGUGAGGAAUUCCCAGUGUCCAGUGAGGAAUCCUCGGUGUCCAGCCGGGAAUUCCCGGUGUCCAGUGAGGAAUUCCCAAUAUCCAGUGGGGAAUUCCCGGUGUCCGGCCGGGAUUUGGCCGCCCAGGAGGGAUCCCAGGAAGGGCCGGAGUGGCCGGAGCCCAGCGGAAUCCAAAUCAACCGGAAAGCCCAGGAGGAGGGGCCUGAGGAGGCCACGCCCCCGAGCGGCUGCAGCCAAUCAGAGCCCGAGCUGCGGGAAGGAGGCGGAGCCAGCGCCGAGGGGAAUUUUUUCUACCUGAGCCUCCCCACGGUGCCCCCCCGGCCAGGAGGGGACAUUGGGGAC